AAAAUCCGUCAGUUGCUAGAAGCAACUUUAACGAAAAAUAAUUUUCAACCGCUUAUUUUUCCGACUUAUGAAUAUGCCGAAUUAUUUAAUACUUCCUUAGGUUCGGCUACUGAUAUUAUUCAUAAGGAAAUGUUUACUUUUCCGGACCGCAAAGGGCGAAAUUUAGCCCUGCGACCUGAAGGAACAGUCGGAGUUGCCCGGCUUAUUCUCCAAAAUCGGUUGUUUGCUGCCGGAGUAGAAUUAGUUAACGCAGCCGGAGUUAGGGCGGACUACCAAAUACUAAAACUAGUUCAAGAUAUUUUUGCCGCCUUGGGGAUUAAUCAAUUUACUUGUAAUUUAAAUUACUUAGGAAGUAAAUCAACCCAAGAAAAAUACAAACUAGAAUUAAGAAAAUUUUUAGCCGCCACUACUCCGGACUUAUGCGAUGAUUGCCGCAGAAGAGCCGAAGAAAAUCCGCUACGGAUACUAGAUUACCAUGAUUAUUGGCAAGAACUUCAACAAAUCUUAACUCGUUUUAAUUUUCCUUACCAAGUUAAUCACCAUUUAGUUCGGGGUUUAGACUACUAUACUGGCCUGGUUUUUGAAAUUGAUUUAGGAGAAGAAAAAGCCGUAUUAGGCGGAGGACGUUACGACCAACUUUUUCAACAAUUAGGAGGAAUUGCCUUGCCAGCAGCGGGUUUUGCGAUAGGAAUUGACCGAAGAAUCUUGGCGGUCCUGACGGGAAUCGAACCCGUAUCCUCCGCUAGACAGGCGGAAAUAAUAACCACUAUACCACAGGACCUUACUCUAAGUUUUCGGCAAUCCGAAAAUACGAAAGCAAAAAUUCUAAUUCUGGUACCCAAAGCCGGAUUUGCACCGGCACGGAGAAAUCUCCACGAGAUCUUAAGUCUCGCCUGUCUACUAUUCCAUGCAUUUGGGCAAUAUUAUAAAAUUAAUUUUUGGGAAGCAAGUGAAAGUUCAGUUCCCAAUAAACGAGUUUCUGUUGUUUUUCAA